AUGGGUGUAUACAGCAACAAUCAAUUACUGAAACAAGUAGAAAUAAAAAUACGAAAUAACAUCUUACAAAACCAAAAGAAAUCAUUAAGAUGGUUGAGAAUUGAUACCAAUACACAAGAAUCAUUAUUGAAACAUUACCUGGCAACAACACAUCCAUCGAGAAACCAUGAAAAUGAUGUGAGAUGGAUGAACACAUAUAAAGGAAACUUCAAAGAUGAACUAAUGAAGAACCAUCAAAGAAAACUAAGAGAAUUAAUAGAAGAAAAAGAAAUAAUGACCAAAGGAAAUAAUCCAAAAUUAAACAAAAAGAACACUUCGAUACCUACAACUAUUUCGAACGUAGUCAAUAUAUCAAAGACCCAUCUAUCCAUCGAACAUUUGAAAGUUCUGUCCAAAGGACUUAAAUUCGUACCAACAGCAUGCUCAAUAGACAUCAUCACCAACAUAGUAAACACAGAAAAUGCAUUAGGAAAAAAGAAUUCAAGAACAAAGACAGCUGCAAUAUCAGAAAUCACUGAAUUCAUCUCAAAAUGGAAAAAACCAAAACAAUCAAAUAUCAACAAGGAAGAACAAAGACUAUUGAACGAAAUCAAAUCAAAUGAAAACCUAGUCAUAGUUCAAGCAGAUAAAGGUGGAAAAGUGGUGGUAAUGGAUAAAAAGAAUUACAUUGAUUUGAUUGAACAAAAAUUAAAAGAUGAAUGCACGUAUGAAAUAAUACAAAAGGAUCCAACUAAGAAAAUCAUGGAAAAAGUCAAAUCAGAAGCAGACAAACUCUUAGGUUUGAACAAAAUUAACGUGGCACAACAUUUUCAACUAAUUAGUAUUGAAGAUCUACCAACAAUAAGGGGACAACCCAAAUUACACAAGCCGAACAAUCCAAUGCGCAUUAUAACAUGCUCAAAAAACACGAUAACUUCUCCUGUUUCAAAAUAUGUAUUCCACAUCAUCAAGGAGUUAAGAUCAACAAUUUCAGGAGUAGUAACAAACACAACUUCAUUUGUAGAUAAAAUCAAUUAUAUACCAUUAGAUAGAGACGAAAAUCUAGCUAGUCUAGAUAUACAAGAUUUAUUUACAAAUAUUCCAGUAACGCGAGCAAUUGAUAUCGUCAUACAUCGAUUAACAGAAUCAAAGAAACUGGAAGACAUGAAAUUAACAAAGACCGAUAUCAAGAGGCUACUAUUGGUAGCACUAAACAAUAGCUAUUUUCAAUUCAACAACAAAUUCUAUCGACAAACAAAAGGACUACCAAUGGGUAACACGCUGUCGCCACUUAUCGCCGACAUAUAUAUGGAUUACUACAUAAAAGAAAACAUGAAGGAAAUCAACAAUGAAAAGAAGAUCUUCCGCUACGUGGAUGAUAUACUUAUAAUAACCAAAAUGAAAGAAAAUGAAUUACAAGAAUACGUGACCAAACUGAAUAAAAUAAGAGGGAACAUUAAAUUUACUUAUGAAUUUGAAUCAAACAACAAAAUAUCAUUUUUGGACACUACCGUUAAACGCCAAAGCAAAGACAACCACAUCAAAGUGAAUGUUAGGUGGUUCAGAAAACAAACAGCAUCAGAUAGAUUCCUCAACUAUGAAUCAGAUCACGGAAGAUCAAUCAAACGCAACUUAGUACAAAAUAUGACCACUCGUAUACUACAAACAUCAAAAGAAAAAGAAGACCAAAUAGAAGAUUUAGAAACACUUAAAAAGAUGCUUCAGAAUUCAAACUACCCGAUCAAAGAAAUCGACUACUUAAUUCAAAACGCUUGUCAAAAAUUCGAACAAAAAUCAACGAACACUAAGAAAGACGACGAUACAGAAUUUACACUUAGUUUACCAUAUGUUAAAGGAAUAGAAGUUCUCAAAAGAAAGUUGGAAAAAUGGAAAAUAAAGUUGUAUUUCUCAUAUCCAAACAAACUACAAUCAUCAUUUAAUCAAUCAAUGAAAGCACAAUCAAAAUCUGUAGUUUAUCAAAUUCAAUGUGACUGUGAUCCUCCAAGCAUUUACAACGGUGAAACCAAAAAAGGAUUGGAAACUAGAAUCAAACAACAUUACUCAUUAAUCAGCAAUGAAGACACAAGGUCUGAAAUGGUGCAACAUCAAAAAGAAAAUAAUAAUCAAUGUUUAUUCGACACCAAUAAUGCAUUUAUCAUAGAUCAAGAAAAAACCUGGACAAAACGUCGCUUAAAAGAAGCAAUAUAUUCAAAAAUUAACAAAUCAAUCAACAAACACGAUGAUAUCAACGAAGCAUGGAACCCAAUUAUGCACAAAGCGGAAGAUCAAAUAAAAAGGAAAAUUAAAUUAUCGAUGGAGAACCAUCAAAGAUAUAAGAGAUCGAAGGAGCAAGACGGUAAUAGUGAUACAGGAGAGAUUUCAAAUCUAACCUAG